AAUGGAGAGGAUGAGAAAUGUGUGGUUCUUCAUCCUGUGUUUUCCUGCAGUCACCACACUGGGAGGACCAAGCAGAAGUUCUUCCAAACCCCGCUUUGUGACUGCCAACCACAGAGGGGAGGUCACUCUCUUGUGUGGGCUUAAUGGCACAAUGAUUGAGGAAGAAUUCCAAGUUGUCCUCUAUCAAGGUGCGGUGCAUAAAACAACAGUGGUCUGCAUUGCUUUCUUCUCCAACUGGACAAUUCAGCCCUCAAAGACGAAAAAUCUGUUCCGGUGUGAGUUUUGGUCUAGCCAAAGCAGUGUGUCCGUAACCAUCAAGGAUCUCAAUGUGAACGACACAGACCGGUACAUUUGCAAUACUUUUAAAACAUACCCGCCACCUUAUCUGAUGAUCUCCGGUCAAUGGACUAUCAUCCACGUCAAUCAGGUAGCCAGCUGUCCUCCAGAGGUGGAGACUGGUCAUUGGUUACCACUGACAGCGAUUUUCACCAGCCUAGCUGCACUGCUGCUCCUUUACAGUGUAUCUGUCACAGUGGUGUACUGCAGGCACAAGAUGAAGAUUGACGAGAUUUAUAUUAAUGUGAGGACAUAACAAGAUUCCGAAGAAGUCCAUGGCCUGAUUUCUUCCAGGGUCCAUGUGAUGACAUACCUCCCUAUAUCACCAGUUGAUGUCUUAGUUUAAGGAUCUCUGGCUAGCUGUUUAACUACCUACUGAAUCCCUACCUUGGCACUGGAUUAUGUGGAAAGUUGAUGUGGUUUCAGUAUGGAAGUGCCUAUUCUAAUCUUGGGAACUGACAAUUAGUUAACAGCCUCGUUCUUCAUCAUUAUACAUAAGAUAAGAACUUCAAUAAACUUUAGCAUGUG